CCACCUAGUUCUCUCCUUCCAUAAACCCUAGCAAACCUCACCUACUCAACUCGAAACAGCUCCUCUGUUUUUCUCUUCCCUGCAACUCCCACCGCCACCACCACCACCAAAAUGGAAGGCAUCGAACUUGAUGCCCCGUCACUCUCCUUCCCUGAGAAUGAUUUCUGCGACUCAAUUCUCUCACGCUACUCCACCUCCACCCAAGACGACCACCACCACCUCUGCGCCAUAAUCGGCACCAUGUCACAAGAACUCAAAGACCAAAACCUCCCUUGCACACCUAUCGCUUACUUCGGCGCCGCAUGCUCCUCCCUAGACCGCCUCUCCUCCUCCUACUCUGAUCCUUCCCCUUACGUGAUCGAUUCUCUUAUUACCAUCCUCUCUCUAGCUCUUCCUCGAAUUUCAAUUCCAAUAUUGAAGAAAAAAAGAGAACUGGUUUCCAAUGUUGUUGUGCGGGUUUUGAAAUUAAAUUAUUCUGUUACAGCUGGAGCUGUUGUUUCGGGAUUGAAAUGCGUGGCUCAUUUGUUGAGUAUCAGAGAUAGUUUUAAUUGGGAUGAUAUUUCUCAAUUAUUCGGAGUCUUAUUAAGUUUCAUGACCGAUUCUCGCAUAAAGGUGAGAAGGCAAUCCCACUCUUGUAUCCGUGACACCUUGCUAAAUUUUCAAGGUACACCAGCAUUAGCUCCGGCGAGUGAAGCAAUCACCAAUUCUUUCGAAAAGUUUCUUCUUCUUGCCGGUGGAUCCAAUGCAGUAGCUUCUACUGAUGGGCCUAAAGGAGCCCAACACGUUCUAUAUAUUCUCGAUGCCUUAAAAGAAUGUCUUCCUCUUUUAUCAUUCAAGUGUGUGACUGCAAUUCUCAAGUACUUUAAAACUCUCCUCGAGCUGCGGCAACCUGUUGUUACUAGGCGUGUGACUGAUAGUUUGAAAGUAAUUUGCUUACACCCGGGUUUACAGGUUCCGGCUGAACCAUUACUCGACUUGCUAUGUUCACUAGCUCUUUAUGCUUCUACAAAUGAGACGUCUGCGGAUAACAUGACAUUCACUGCCAGCUUGUUGGAUGUUGGAAUGAAAAAAGUUUAUUCCUUAAAUAGGCAAAUUUGCGUUGUUAAGCUACCAAUUGUAUUCAGUACACUCAAAGAUAUUUUGGCGUCUGAACAUGAGGAGGCCAUCUUUGCGGCCACACAGGCAUUGAAGAACUCAAUAAAUAGUUGUAUUGAUGAAAGCUUGAUCAAGCAGGGAGUAGAUCAGAUUACAAUCAACAAAAAUGCCGAAACUAGAAAGUGUGGGCCUACAGUUAUAGAAAAAGUGUGCGCAAUCAUUGAAAGCUUACUUGAUUAUCAUUACAGUGCAGUCUGGGACAUGGUAUUUCAAGUGGUUUCGACCUUGUUUGAUAAAUUAGGAAACUAUUCUUCUUAUUUUAUGAGAGGAACCCUUAAGAACUUGGCAGAUAUGCAGAGAUUACCCGAUGAAGAUUUUCCUUACCGGAAACAGUUGCACGAAUCCCUUGGAUCUGCUCUUGGUGCAAUGGGUCCUGAGACAUUUUUAAGCUUCCUACCUCUUAAAUUAGAGGUCGAUGACCUAUCUGAAGUUAAUGUUUGGCUCUUUCCUAUUCUGAAGCAGUAUACUGUUGGUGCCCGUUUAAGCUUUUUUACAGAGUCAGUUCUGAGUAUGGUUGGCCUGAUAAAGAAAAAAUCUCGACAGCUGGAGCUAGAUGGAAGGAUCAUCUCAGCGAGGAGUGCUGAUGCUCUUGUAUACUCUUUGUGGUCCUUAUUACCUUCCUUUUGCAACUAUCCUUUGGAUACUGCAGAAAGUUUCCAGGAUCUGGAGAAAGCUUUGUGUGGUGCACUUAGUGAAGAAUGUGAUAUUCGUGGAAUAGUUUGUUCUGCCCUGCAGGUCCUUAUUCAACAGAAUAAGAGAAUAAUGGAGGAGCAAGAUGAUCUAACUGUUACAGAAGUUGGUAUAGCUGAACAGCAUGCUAUUGCCCGCUAUACCCUGCAGGUUGCAACAGAUAAUUUGAGGGUGCUUAGGUCUUCUGCUCGUAACUUGUUGACUGUUUUGUCUGGGAUCCUCCUGGAAUCUCCAAAAGAUGACGGUGGUCUUCUGCAGUCUACAAUUCGUGAGUUUUCCUCAAUAGCAGAUAAAGAAGUAGUUAAGAGGAUCUACUUAAAGACAAUGCAGAAGCUUUUGGCUGUCACACAAAAGGCCACAAAAGCUGAUAAUUCUAGAGAUUCCAUUUCUAUGCGGAUUGAUGAUUCAUCAAAUGACUCGAGAGCACGGCUAUUUGACCUGGCAAUUUCACUUUUGCCAGGAUUGGAUGGUGAACAGAUCAAUGUUUUAUAUAGUGCAGUAAAGCCUGCAUUACAGGAUAUGGAAGGUCUGAUCCAAAAGAGGGCAUACAAAGUUCUUUCAAUUAUUCUCCAGAGGUACGAUGGAUUUAUUACACCACGAUUUGGGGAACUGCUUCAGCUCAUGAUUGAUGUGCUACCCUCAUGCCAUUUCUCUGCCAAACGGCACAGACUUGAUUGUAUUUACUGUCUAAUAGUUCAUAUCCCCAAGGACUCAGAGCAGAGGAGGCAUGAAAUCCUUACUUCUUUCCUUACUGAGAUAAUACUUGCUCUGAAAGAGGUUAACAAAAGAACAAGAAAUAGAGCUUACGAUGUGCUUGUCCAAAUUGGUCAUACCUUUGGAGAUGAAGAGAAUGGCGGAAAGAAAGAAAACUUGUAUCAAUUUUUUAACAUGGUUGCUGGAGGCCUGGCUCUUGAAAGUCCUCAUAUGAUCAGUGCAGCAAUGAAAGGUGUAGCUCGUCUGGCAUACGAGUUUUCAGACCUGGUUUCUAUUGCUUACAAGUUGCUUCCAUCCACAUUUCUCCUUCUGCAGAGAAAGAACAGGGAGAUUAUCAAAGCUAAUUUAGGUUUGUUGAAGGUACUAGUGGCCAAAUCACAAGCUGAAGGGCUGCAAAUGUUCCUGGGGAGUGUGGUGGAAGGCUUGCUGAGAUGGCAAGAUGACACCAAAAACCACUUCAAAGCUAAGGUUAAGCAUAUCCUGGAAAUGCUAGUCAAGAAAUGUGGUCUGGAUGCUGUGAAGGCAGUGAUGCCUGAAGAACAUAUGAAACUCCUUACUAACAUACGGAAGAUAAAGGAGCGGGGAGAGAGGAAGCAUGCAGCAAGCUCUGAUGAAACUAAAUCUCAUAUGUCAAGAGCUACUACAUCCAGGAUAAGCAGAUGGAACCAUACUAAGAUCUUCUCUGAUUUUAGUGAUGGGGAGACAGAGAACAGUGAUGGUGAAUAUAUGGAUACAAAGACAGUUUCAGGUCGGCAUAGCAAGUUUUCCUCCCAGCUCAAACCCAAAGCUUCACUAAGGUCCAAAAUAAUACACAGGUCAGACAAGAGCUUGCCAGAAGACUUGUUUGACCAGUUAGAAGAUGAGCCACUUGACUUGCUUGAUCGGUACAAAACACGAUCAGCCCUCCGAUCAACCGCGCAUCUUAAAAGAAAGCAGGAAUCAGAUGAUGAUCCAGAGAUUGACUCUGAAGGGCGGCUGAUAGUUCGUGAAGGAGGGAAACCUAAGAAGGAGAAGCUCUCCAACCCCGAUUCAGAUGCGAGGAGUGAAGCAGGCAGUUUCAAGUCACUGAACUCCAAGAAAACUCAGAAGCGCAGGAAAACUUCAAAUUCUGGGUGGGCUUACACUGGAAGUGAAUAUGCCAGCAAGAAAGCUGGUGGGGAUGUGAAGAGGAAGGACAAGCUUGAGCCAUAUGCAUAUUGGCCCCUGGAUCGCAAGAUGAUGAGUCGGAGACCAGAGCAUCGUGCAGCUGCUAGGAAAGGUAUGGCUAGUGUUGUAAAAAUGACCAAGAAGCUUGAGGGCAAGAGUGCUUCAGCUGCGCUGUCUAUGAAGCUCAUCAAAUCUAACAGUCAGAAGAAAGGCAACAAGAGAAAGAGCAGGUGAAGCCAUCUAGAUUGGUCGAGAUAUCAAGAAGGAUCUGCAGUCCAGGUCGUGAGAUUUUCUACUUGUUUGAUUGUUACAGUUACACAGUUGCGUGCACCAGUUUUGACACUGAUUCUUCUGGUUGCGGAAAUGUACAUGACAGAAGAACAACAGGGAAGCCAAUUUCCAAUGCCGUAGCAAUUUUGCUUGCAACUUGAUUGGCUCUCUCUUUCGUUUUAUGUUUAGCAGAGCUCUUGAUUCAUCAUGGUUUUCUUUGGCGCGUGAACGUACACGCGCCUGGGUUUAGUUUGGUUGAACUUGUGAAAUGAUCUUAUGUAAUGUUCUUAUGUCUGGCCAGCUAUGCUGUUCAAUGAAAUGUUGGGUGGUUAUAACCACUCGCAUUUCCAGUUCUCAAAAGCGAAUGGAAAUUCACAAAUUUGGAUCCUAGAAUUAAAGGCACGUCUGGGUUUUUUUUA